AUGAUAGUGAAGCAGUCAGUGCCUUCUAGCACAACACCUUCUCAUCUGACCCCCACUCAGCCUAUGCAGCCGCAGAUCGACCUUCCGCCUCUGGAUUACCAAUCUAAUCUUCCAAUACACGAUGCCUUCAUUCUCGCCACAGAGAAGGAACUUAUCAGAGACACUGUCAACAAUUGUACCAUGAUAAAGCCCUCAUUAAGAGAGGGCUUUGUUCAAGCCACAUUAGCAAAUGCAGUACAAGACUGCUCAAAAAAGACUCGAUCUGACCCGGCCGGGUUGACAAACAAAGAAAUUGAAGGCUACGAUCUUCGACCCUUGAUUUGGUCGAACACAUCGGAGUCAAAGUGGAAGCAAAAGAAAAUCAAAAGCCUCAUUGGCGACACAACCAGGCCUCUCAAAUUUCUCUUCAAGAAGGAUGAAGAGACUGGUGAAUGGAUGGUGUUCGAGCAUGAUGCACUUCUAGAUGUGGUUCUUGGUGUACUCUGGACCAACAAUCCAAUGGAUAGGCUAGUCCUUGACUUCACAACCCCAUUUCUAUUGCCAUCCCUACUAAGUAUGGUAUCUUCCCAAGGGCAUGCUAUAAUGACAACAAUUAUACACCAAUUACGGGAGCUUGCUCGGACUUUUGGGAUAACUAUCAUGGUGAUCAAUGGAACAUCAGCAGCUGCACCAUUCAAUCAGAGUUCCGCAUCUGCAUCAACGAUCAGAAAACCUGUUUGGCCCGGGGCCUUCGUUUACAUUUUGACAGAUUGUACCCUCUGGUCAUCAAAGACACAAGACAUAUCUGAUCCCAAGUGUCUGUUCAAGGGCUAUGAAAUCAAAGAUUUGGUGCACCUUCCAAAUUCACCAUAG